AAAAAAAAUAGUUACGGUAAUAGUUUACUGUAUUAUUAUAAUAAUUUUGAAAUUAUAUUGCUAACUAUAGUAUUUUCAAUAACUCCAUCAAUAUGAAUUUUACUUUGUCCAACGAAAUAAAAAAAGAAAUAAUAAAUAAUCUGAAUAUUAAAAUAGGUAACGAUAUUAAUUUAGAUAAUAUUGCUGAAAUACAAAAUAAUUUAUUGGACACACAGAAACAUCUUGAAAGCUGCUUAAAUGCUGCCAGUGAUGAGGUGCCGACGAAAUUAAGUUCUGCUAUCAAAAAGGCAGAACUUAACUCAAAACAAAUAGAAAAAAUUAGAGAAAAGAUGGCACUAAUGGUUAAAAAAGCGGAUACUUAUAUGACUAAAGCUCAACCAUUAAUGACAGAACUUGAUAAAAGGUUUUCUGCCAUCCGUAGACUAGAGGAAAUUUUAGUAUAUUUUCAGUCGUAUGCUCGAGUUGAAGAACUAAGUAACCAAAUGAAACACUGCAAAGACGAUGAACAACUAGUAUCACUGUAUGGAGAGAUGAAGGAAAUGUGUAAUCAAUACCAGAAUACUCAUUGGAAUACUUAUGUUAAAGAAUACACACAUUACUGGCAUAAUGUACUAAAGGAUAAUCUUAUAAGACAUUAUGAAGAUAUACUUAAGUCACUGAAGUGGCCAUUCACCUCAGGUUCAGAUAAUUCCCAAAUCCCGAAGGAAGUUUUGAAUAAAUUUAAUAAUCUCACAAGGUAUCUAUUUUUAAUACGAGAACCAAAAGAUAUAAUUGCUGAAGAUGUUACUGGGGACUUUACAAAAGAACAAGAUCCUUGUUUGCCUGUAAAGAUUCUGUUGAAACCUUUAAAAAAACGAUUUACGUUCCACUUCACGGGAUCCCGACAGACAGCUAGAAUUGAUAGGCCUGAAUGGUUCCUCACUCAGACUCUAACAUGGAUAAAAGAUCAUCAGAAUUUUGUACUGAAUAAUGUCCAACCCAUUGCUGAUAAACUAGAGAUUCAGAAUGUUAAUGCUGUGGAAGAAUUCAAUGCCGGGUUGAUAGCAUUAGCAGCUGAAAGGCUACACACAGUUUUAGCAAUUUAUCACACACAAAGUUCUAAAGGAGAAAUAGUUGAUGUGGAUGCAGCUUUUGCUCAUGCCGUGGACGAGACCUUAGGUUUCCAUAAAGAAUUGAUGACUAUAACUGACAAUGAGAUUAACAAUAUUUUAUCUGUGUUAACCAAAGCCGAAACUUUUGUUAGGUGGUUAUCUGUUGAAAAGAAAUACGCGCUGGCGAAGAUGGACGAGACGCUGGACAGCUCGCAGUGGGCGGAGCCGGUGGCGGGCGGCGCGGGCGCGGCCGUGGGCGCGCUGCUGUGGGUGCCGCGCGGCGCCGACUGGUUCGUGUCGCUGCUGAAGACCAUCGAGGAGCGAUACGCCAUCCUGCCGCAGCCUGGCCACCGAUUGCAAUUUUUAGAGCUCCAACUGGAAUUGAUUGAGGAAUGGCGGAUACGUCUGACCCAACUGCUAAACGCGGCCGCCGCUGCCCUGAAGACCGAGUCGUUCCUCGUGACGGGUCUGCACCCGCUGAUCGCUAUCGUCAACACGGCACAUCACACCCAGACUGUGCUCUUGCAGUGGGCGCAUUGUCUGCAUUAUCUACAACUGCACUACUACAAAAGCCAGUUCCAACACUUCACGCAGCAGCAGCACAGGGAGGACGAGAGCGAGUCCUCGACUAGUUCGGAAGAUGAUGACGAAGAUAGUGAUGAUGAUAACACGAGGCUCGAAGAAGACGUCGAAAACAUGUCUUUGAAUGACGUAGAGGAACGAGCUAAGAAGUUGGCUCUGAGUGAAAUGAUAAGAAGGAAUUCUAUGCUUGAGAUCAGUCAAUAUGAUGUUACGUCACCUAUAACUAAUCUGGCGGUAGCGGAACCUCUAGUUGAGGAAGACAUGGAGGAAGCCGGAGUGUUCGGAGACGCGCCCGCCCUCCUCGCACACCUCAGAGACGCGGGCGUCGGCGUGCUCGCUGAACACAUCAUGCUCGAGUUCAAGGCCACCAUUCGACAUUACAAGAAACAAAAAUGGCACGCCAUGCUGACGCUGGAGGAGCGCGCGCUGUCGGUGUCGGGCGCGCUGUGCGGGCCGCUGUCGGCGCUGGCGGCGCGCGUGGCGAGCGCGCAGCUCGUGCUGGCGCCGCCGCUGGCCGCGCACCUGCGCGCGCACCUCGCCGCGCGCGUCGACCUGCACAUCUACGAGGAGGUGGUGUUAGAGAGUUGGUUCAACACAGGCGGAAGCUUACAGUUCACUCACGAUGUACAGAGGAACCUGGUGCCCGCUUUCGCGCCACCGAAUAAGAAUGCAUCACAACUUAACCUAUUACCGAAGCUCAACGAUGCAUGCAAACUCCUAAACAUGGAUUACGGCGAUGCACGUCGUAUUCGCACUGAAAUAGUGAAGCGACCAGACGAUGCAGUGAUCUCCCUCAGCGACCUAGGCAUCAUACACAUACCACCUAACGAGGCCUUACGUAUCCUCAACCAGAGAACGGACCUCUGUAAUUCGAGCUCACCGUCGUCUGUCAUGGAUCUAUUUUGACACGGAUAUGAGAGAGGAGGCGUGCGUGUACAUCACUAGAUAUACCGAGGGGAUUGGAAGGGAUUUGGUAACCAUUAAAAUUAAUGGUUAUUGAAAAACUUGAAACAAUUAUAGAAAAAAAAAUGUAAAUUAUAGAAAAAACAAGUGCAAAGCUUCUUUGUUGAAUAAAGAUUUUGACUUUGAUAUUAAAAGAAUUAAUUGCAUUAUAAUUUAAAAAAUAUUCCUAAUACUAUUUACCGAUAAAUGUAUCAAAUUGCAUUCUGUCAUAUGUCCAUCAAACUGUCACGUGACCAAGGAUAGUAAUUUUAGACCACAUCGGCCAAUUACAACGGCGAGAUAUAAUGGAGACGUGUCUCCCGUCGUGUCGGAUUGCCCACCAGAUUAUAUUCCCACAUUAUAGUCAGGUGGACUAUCAGACAUGGCCGGAGAGAGUUCGGUUUCAUGUAUAGAAGAGGAGAUUCAACACUACGAAUUUUCAAACUUCGCGCCGCUACUCACUAAAAACCCAAAUUUACUCGACAUUGGUCGACAUCUUGAAUAAUCUAUGGUAGUCAUAAUGGAUUCGUGAACAAAUUGAAUGUCGGUGAAGUUAUAUGAUCAAUAAAGUAAGACCAGAGUACAUGAUAGCCACGAAGAGUAUUGCUAAAUAACCUGUUACUUCAAGAUAUAAUGCAUUAUCAUACUGUUUUACUAGAGCACCUGAAAUGGUUGCCGAAGGAACUUUCUUUGUAGCUUUGUUUAUAUUUAUAAUCUGUGUUAUUAUAGUAAAAAGUAAAUAUAAAUGUAAUAUUUUUUUAAUCUUCAUUGUACCGAUGAGGACUAUAUUAUUGGCGUCAUUAGCGAGUAUGGUUCUAUCGCCGUUGUUGAAAGGGUAUUUGUUAGUGCGGCACAGCCAAUAAAUUUUAUAACAACCAAAUAAUGAAGUAUUAAUUCUGACAGAUAUUUGGACAUUUUUAGAGACAUCGCCAUACACUAGCGCCUCUCGUGGCGAAUUCAGCGCGAAGCGCUCCUUGGUUACAGCAGUGCUAAACUAAGGUUUGAGAAGUUGUUGAUAUUUAUUCGUGGGCAUGGAACUUGAAUAUUUUGAAUAUAGAAUAUUUUAAAUAGAUAAGUGAAUAUUUUGUAGAUGAAUAAUUUAAUUAUAGCAUAUUUAUUGGAUACUUUGUUAACAUGUACUAUGUGAAUUAAACACUUAAGUUUGUGCAUAUCAAUGUAUGAAUUACCCAAUCUGUCUAAUUCAUAACUUUUCUCUAGCUUGAAAUCACUCUCCUGUAAUGUUACGUUAUAAAUGUUUGUAAUCUAAAUGACAUUGAAUUAAUUAAUAAUGUAUUUGGAUUGAUGUAUUGUUAUAUCUUAUAAUAAUAUGUGUUAUAUGUUUUACCAAAUUAAUGACCCCCCUUAAAUUAUAACUGAUUUUCGUAUGAACGUAAUUAUACCCCCUGUGAAAAGUGUUUGGUGGUUUAUUUGUGAAACAUUCCAUAGACAAUAUUUAUUGGUUGA